CAUCAACCCUUUCUUCAACGCAUCCAUCCAUCCAUCCAUCCACUUACAUAUCCAUCUAUCAUAAUGAAAGACAUUGUUAAAAACGACGAAUUGAUCAUUCCCGAGGGUGUUAAGGUUAAUGUCAAAUCAAGAAUCGUUCAAGUUGAAGGCCCCCGUGGCAAGCUUACAAAGAACCUCAGCCACCUCAACAUUGAGAUGAAAUUCCCUGCCAAGAACAAGCUUCGCUUCGUGGUUUACCACGGUGGUCGUAAACACGUUGCCGCCAUUCGCACUGUUCGCUCGAUUAUCAAUAAUAUGAUUACCGGUGUCACCAAGGGCUUCCAAUACAAGAUGCGCUACGUAUACGCACAUUUUCCCAUUAACGUCAUUAUCAACAGUCAAGGCGACGCUGUUGAGAUCCGCAACUUCUUGGGACAGAAAGUUGUUUUCCACGUUAAGAUGCGCGAGGGUGUUCUCUGCGAGGCUUCUAAGGCUCAAAAGGACGAAUUGGUCAUUACCGGUAACGAUCUUGAAGCCGUUUCACAGUCAGCCGCUGAUAUCCAGCAAACUUGCCGCGUCAAGAACAAGGAUAUCAGAAAGUUUUUGGAUGGUAUCUAUGUUUCUGAACGCAAUGUUCUUGAAGCCUAAGAUAUUCAAUCCUGGCCUGUUUAGCAUGUCUGAGUGUCAGCUGCUUACGCUAGUACUCGGCUAUGCGUUAAUAAAGAUACACAACUGUCUAGGGAUUGGCGGCAGGAGUCAUCCCACCCAAUAUUUUGGAAUGUUUGAAUGUUGGUGUUUUUGGUUGUGCAAGAGCGGCAGUGGGGUUUACAAGUGGUAUAGUGAUUCUUCGAUUAAUAGGUUAAGGUAGUAGUAUGCAGCUGUUAGCUAGACUUAAUACAUGUGAAUAAAACAAAUAAAGAGCAGUUAUAUAAACAA